AUGUCCGAACAACUUUCAACCCCGCGCAUUACCGCCGCCUAUCUCGACAAUUUUGUUGGCCGAGUUGUCAUGCUUGUAGGUGAAGUGACCCAACUUCGAGGUGAUCAGGCAACUGUUGAAUCCGACGGAACCGUCACUGUCUUGCUGAACAGAGAUGCACAUCUCUCCAACGGGAAUUAUGUGCAGGUCAUUGGAAAGGUGAACCCUGACCUAUCGAUCAAAGUCUUGACAUCCCGGGACCUGGGGAAUAGUGUGGAUCAUGGCCCUUUCCAGUCCUCACAAGCAUACCCCCCACGUGUGGCCAUGAUCUGGACCUCGCCCAAGAGAUCUGAUGCUCACAGAUCCGCUACACGUUCAGGGCAAGCUUCUUUUGACAGCAAAAACCGAAAAUCAAACGCAACUUCGCCUAAUUCAGACACUGAAACCGCCACUUCAAGACCCUUACACAAUACCCACGCUGCUGCACAACGGCUACAGUCAAGAACAACAUCAAAUUUUGGCCCGAGUAGACCCUCUACCGCCAUGUCUUACACAACUUACAGCUCCGACAUUCGUGACCGCGAAAUUGAGUCUCGAUCUACCAGUCCACUCUACCCGUCUCACAUUUCACAAACGCCAAACCCUUCCAUGGGAACACUUCUACCAUCGCCACCAGAGGAAAUAACGGUCUGCCGUUCUUAUUCCCCAGAAACCACAGAACCCUUUUCCACCGAUACGUCUAGUCGUGCAUAUUCAAGCUCCCAGCAAACCUACGACCAAGAUUCUCAGCUAUCACACAUCCCAUCAGCUCAGCCCUAUACACCCCCUGGCUGGUCUCUGCCAUCGUUGUCGUCUCUAAGUUUACUACCAUCCCCGCCAAUGACGCAAUCCAUAGAUGAACGAUUCCGCUCAUAUCAGCCACCAGUGUCCCCCACAUUCUCAGCAUCUUCCCGCCGCUACCCCUCACGGGCAGGUCGCCGUUUCUCCGCUGCCGAUGAGUCGACAGUUCCAGACUCGAAAUCAGAAGACCUUGAGCUUGAAGAAUCGGAACUCUUUGAUUCUGUCCUCGAAGGAAUUGGACGCAUUCAUGUUUCAAUGGGUCGGGACGAUGCGGGCAGGUGGCGAAUAAAACGGACCACUGACGAGAGACCAUAG